AUGCCUGAUUUCCCGAUACCACGAUGGAUUAACUACAAGUCUGAUCAUCUAAUGGAAAUUCAUGGAUUUUGCGAUGCCUCGCAAAAAGCAAUGGCUGCAGCUGUCUACAUUCGCACGACCAGUCCCGAUGAAUGCAUAAGCACUGUUCUCUUAUCUUCAAAAACGAAAGUGGCCCCAUUAAAGCGGAAUACUAUUCCGCGAUUGGAAUUGGCUGGCGCAGUGCUACUGACCAAACUCAUUUCUUGUAUCCGGCAAGUAUAUGACCUACCUGGAAUUCCAAUAUACCUGUGGACUGACUCAGCGGUCACUCACACGUGGAUUAAUAAUCAUCCAUCUCGGUGGAAGGAAUUCGUCCACAAUAGAGUGUGCUAUAUCCAAGAAACUCUCCCUCAAGCUAUUUGGUGUUUCGUACCUGGCCAAGACAAUCCUGCCGAUUUAGCUACAAGAGGUUUAACUGCAACUCAAUUACUCGACAUACCUACCUGGUGGACAGGACCACAGUGGCUGUCCCGUGAUUCUUCUGCCUGGCCAAAAGAAUUACAAGAACCACAUCGAAACAUAAAUCUCGGAGAACGACCUACUCAAGUUUCUACAAUAACGACCCAUAAAGGUCUAGAGCCAUGGACUCUGCUACUCAAAUACUCCAGUUUAACUCGACUGAUCCGCAUCACUGCUCUAUGUCGACGUAUUAUAUUCCGUCUAAGGGGAAUCCCUACCGCAUCAAUGUCUUACCCCUUAACGCCAGACGAGCUGGAAAGUUCAACACUCUACUGGGUGCGAGCAGUACAGCCGUUUUCAUUCCACCAAGAGAUAAGAACCUUAUCAACCGACCACUCUUUAUCGAAAUCCAACUCAUUAACCCGACUUACACCAUUCAUAGAUUCAGCUGGACUUCUGCGCGUCGGAGGACGCCUUCAAUCCGCGUCAUUACCUUAUAAUACUAAACACCCGCUCAUUGUCCCGAAGGACUCUACCUUGACUACUCUAAUAAUCUCUGAUGCUCACUUACGUACCCUGCAUGGAGGAACGCAGGUCACAUUGUCCUUCAUCCGCAACAAUUAUUGGAUAAUUGGGGGAAGAGCCCCUGUUCGAUCGUUUACUCUAAAGGGUAUGCGAUGCGCUCGAUUUCGGCAGCGGAGAGCACAACAAUUAAUGGGUCAACUUCCCAUCGAGAGAGUUACUCCUUCGAGGCCGUUUCUUAACUCAGGAAUUGACUACGCUGGCCCAUUAGUUAUUAAAACUUGGAGAGGCCGAAAUACUCGGACAUAUAAAGCAUACAUCGCCUUAUUUGUUUGCCUUUCCACUUCGGCAAUACAUCUAGAACUGGUAACAGAUUACUCCACUGACACUUUCAUCGCGGCUUAUAAGAGAUUUACAGCCAGGCGUGGCAUAUGCGCCACUUUAACAAGUGAUUGCGGAACUAACUUGAAGGGAGCUGAUUCGGAAUUACAACGUCUCUUCUCCGCAUCAUCAAAAGAAUUCAAGCAACUAGCUGCCAUCCUUGCUAACGACGGCACACAUUGGAAAUUUAUUCUACCUGCUACUCCCCACUUUGGAGGAAAGUGGGAAGCUGGCGUCAAGUCAGUAAAAAAUCACUUGAAACGAGUAAUAGGCGAUACAAUUCUCACAUGUGAAGAAAUGUCGACUCUAUUAGCACAAGUUGAGGCUGUACUCAACUCAAGACCUUUAUGUCCACUGUCUGACGAUCCCAGUGAUCUUUCAGCUCUGACACCAGGGCAUCUUUUAAUUGGAAGCUCCCUUGCUCUCAUUCCUGAGCCUUCACUAAAGCAAACUAAAUUGUCAUAUCUUUCGAGAUGGCAAAUGAUUUCCCAAAUGUUACAGAGCUUCUGGUCACGAUGGUCGACCGAAUACUUACAGCGACACCAUGCAAUGUAUAAGUGGAACCGAGUCAUGCCUUCACUAGACGAAGGUUCAUUAGUUUUAGUCAUUGACGAGCGAUACCCUCCAUCGAAAUGGCCUCUUGCUAGAGUCAUUAAAACUCAUCCAGGCAAAGAUGGUCAUACCAGAGUUGUUACUGUACGCACUAGUGUUUCAGAGCUUAAAAGACCGAUUGCAGAGCUCUGUCCGCUACCCAGUGUAACCCAAGCUUCCUAG